AUGAACCCAGUCAACACUGAGCCAUACAAGCUUCCGGAUGAUGCUACUUGGCUAGUAACGGGUUGUUCAUCCGGAAUUGGUCGCGAAAUAGCCACUUUGAUCGCAAGCAAGCCCAAUCAACGUAUCGUUGCUACUGCUCGAAACGAGGCUGAUCUCUCUUAUCUUCCUGACGAUAACUCCGAUAUCCUCAAACUUACCCUGGACGUGACGUCUGUUGUUUCUGUGGAGGCUGCCUUUACUGCAGCUGCGAAGCACUUUGGCGAAAGCUUUCACCUCGACGUCGUGGUCAACAAUGCAGGGUAUUCUCUUUCGGGUGACACUGAGGGCGCAACAGAGGAAGAGAUGCAUCAGGAGAUGGAAACCUUGUUCUUUGGUACGGUUCGUGUGACGACACGUAGCAUUGCAGUGAUGCGACAGAGCAAAGAUCGUCGAGGUGGUCUUAUCUUUCAAAUCUCGUCGCUCGCUGGACUGUGUGCCUUCCCUGGGCAUGCUUUCUAUCACGCUGGAAAGUUCGCCGUGGAAGGAUUUUCGGAAUCUGUGGCUCGUGAGAUGCAUCCUGAUUGGAAUAUCAACUUCUGUAUUGUGGAACCAAGUGGCGUGAAGACGAGCUUUGAAGGCCACAGCAAAGCCAAUAUCAAACCACAUCCCGCCUAUGUCGGAGAUGAUAUGCCAGCAAGAAAGCUUGAGAAGUAUGUGAGCGCUGGCAUGAAGCUCGGCGUUGGAAUUGAGCCCUCCGCCAUAGCCGAGACCUUGUUCAAAAUUGCUAGCCGCGAGAAACACGUUCCUCUUCGGCUUCCCCUAGGCGCUGUUUCUUGGAAAAUGUCCAAGUCCAAGUUCGAGAGUUUGCUGGAAGACUUUGAGGCAGUGAAGGACAUUAGUGCAAUGGGUCAACAAAUUUGA